ACCAUACAUAUGUUGAAUAUUUGAUGAAAUUUGAUUUGUGUCUUUAUUACCUUUCAUUGAUUUGAAUCAGACACGAUGAGUAUCCAGCAAUAUUUACCAAUGCGAUAGGAUCUCAUUGAGUAAACUAAAUUAUAAUGCCAUCAGUUUUCAACUCGCAAGAUAAAUCUACUUCCCAUGUCUCAUGCUAGAUGAAAUCAACGAACAUGAAGGACACGUGCAUGAUUUGUAUGAUGAAACCUUUUUUGUACUUCUCGUCUUAUACAAAUUCUUAUAUAAAUCUUGGAUGUCGGCACUCUACCAAACCGUCUAAAGCUCCUUUCAUACGGGAUUGUAAACGGAAGAGAUAUUUCGGGUACAUCUUACAAAUGCUCACCCUCGUAUCCGUCUGUUUGGAAGUUUGCAAGACCCUUUACAAGAACGAGUUUAAAACUAUAGUCGCUUUACUACUAUUCAUGGAAUUGGUUACGAUGUUACUAAUUUUGAGGAGGAUAAUCGUGGGUAAUUUCUUCUGGAGGAAAAGCAACAGAGAACUUCGAGUAAUGUUAUAUGUGUCACAGUACCUAAGAAUGUUGAGAGUGGAUGAACACUUCGUAGAAUUGUUCAGAUUUUACCAUCACUCUUUUUAUGUUGGGAUUUUUGGCGGUAUAGUUACUUUUGUCUGUCAAAUGGCACCAUAUUACACUGAAGAUGUAAAUAGUAUAAUCUACGUUGUCUGUUUCAGUAGAUUAGCCUUAGUUUAUCUGGUGACUUCAUUCUAUCUCAGAAUUUGGAUUGAUAUAGCCGCAUAUACAAUUUUAUUGAAAGCCAUCUUCAAGCAAGUAACCCGAGAAGUGCAACACAGGUGUGCUGAAAACGAGAUAUCCUACUUGAUUUUAAAUAAUGCACUUGGAUACCAUCACGAGCAAACCGCCUUUUUGGCCAAAAUGAAGAAAUUGAGGAGGAUGUACAUGACAACUCUGAGCAGUCUGAGGAGAACUAAAGGAGCCCUGUAUGGCCUUCUUGAAUUUAUUUCGGUUUCCAACCAUUUACAACUCACUUGGUUACUGUUCGUCACUAUCAUGGGAUUUAUUGGCAUAGUGCAGUUCAACACAGAUUAUUUCGUGUUUUGUGCUAGGCAUCUGAUGCAACUAUAUCUCCUGGGUUCUUUUGCCAGGCUUUGCGAUAAAAUACAGGUUUCGAUUGAAACCAUGGCAUCGAAUUUAUUUCAGGUUAAUUCUGUUAAAAUGACCGGAGAAGAAAUUAGAGAGAUAGAGUUAUUUGCAAAACUUUUGGGCUGGGAACAACCGAUCAAAAGUGAAAAUGACAAGACUGCCUUCGGAAUUGAUUUCUUGAGCGAUCUGACAGUUGAUAUAUUUGUGAACUGCAUGGUUCUCACCCAGUUAUAUUUCUGGUUCAACAAAUGAAGAACUUCUGGAAUAACAUCUUUGAAUUAUAAUGAACUUUAUCUCAAUAUCACGUUUUAAAUCUUGCAGUAAAUAAUAUUUGUAGAGUA